AUGCGGAAAGGAGGGACAUCGUUGAGCGCCGACGCCUCCGCACGACAGGGCAAGGCAGUACCCGUGGCGCCUGUCGAUCCAGCUGUGCAGGUUGCUAUGAUGCAUGCUGAAUUCCUUCUAGGACAGACUCGCCGAAAUGUAGAGCAGCUGGCUGCCACCCAUGCACUUGAUCCGCUCUUGUGCCGCCAACUGCAGACGCUCCUGGAAUCCGCCAAAAUUCGCCCACCGCCGGCGCCUCGGUCUGCACCUGAAACACAGGUGGCAAAGAAAGACACUAAAAAGGAAGUAACAGGCAAAAACAAGUGGGCACGCGAAGUCAUGUCAGACACGUCGCUUUUGCCCACCCUGGUUGACACUGCGCUAAGUGUUACAGCUGGUCCCAUCUUGUCGUCGACGCAGCGCGAAGCAAUUGUGGAUAUCGUAGGCAUUUCGCAAAGCCGCAUUGCCAAUGCACUCACAGAUCCUGAGCGCCAGGCAGCUGCACAGCGCUGGACUCAAAACACUGCCAAGUCAGCGCACCAGGGUUUGAAAGGCGGUUUAAUGGGUGCAAAUGAUAAUUGGGACAAGUGGUAUAAAAAGCAAUUACUGGAUUCCGACACUCGGAAGGAGCGGCGCAAAGAGGAACGCAGCUUGCAAGAAGAGCUCAGAAAUGAACGUUCGCAGUUCCAUGCGCCAGCAUAUGUUGGCGACACCCGUUCUCCAUCUUCUGAUGCGGCUGUCUCGAUGACGGGCUUACCUGUCUCAAAAUUUUCUGCCAUCACAGACAAUCCUGCAACUGCAAGUGUUGCAUGUCUACCAUCGCAACAAGUGGCCGAUGAUUCAAGUCUGAGUACUCUGACACGAGCAGGUGCCGUAACGACGACGUUUUCGCCUUGGCCUGGUCUUGUGCUUACCAUGUCGACAGUGGCAUCGAGCGGAUCCGUCGAUAUGCCAAGCACUUCAGGUUUGGACGAUCAAAGUGGUGGUAGGAGCUUACCCCCGCCACCUGUGCCUGGUCAGCCAACCCCUCCGAAACCAUCGAUCUCGAGCCAAGUAGCGCCACCACCGCCUCGACGAGGGCCAACAGGACCAACGGCAACGUCACUUCCGCCAUUGUCACCUGUGCAACAACCCCCACCACCGCACCCCGCAUCGGGAGUGGCUGCAUCUCCACUUGCUUCGCAGCCACUUCCGCCUGUCCCACCGCCACAGUAUACCACGGGGUCCUACGGUGGUGUGCCAUCAUCACUUCGACCAGGCUAA